AUGCCUCGCCAAGGAAACGGACAGAGCGAUAACGCCAUUGAAGCAGGCCACAACAUCAUCCACGGCGCGGGCCAAGAAAAGUCCACCCAUGUCGAUCGCGCGGACAAGACUGCACCUCUUCCAGAGCUCUCUAAGGGCGCGGGUCUCGAGAACCUCCCAGCGAGUGGGGGGACAAGCAAGGGAAAGGAUCAGGGCGGGAGGGGGAGCACUAACUGA